AUGGGUGUUCCCGAAAAACGAAAGGCCGAGUCGCCAUUGUCCGAUGCUGCGGCUUCGCCUAAGCCAGCAGCCCCGGGUCCCUCCUCUCCUGGUCCUAAGGAAAAUUCACCUACUCAUGCCUCGUCCUCUCCUAGAUCUGAGGGAAGGUCACCAACACCCGCUCCUGAUUCUCCAGCGCCCGAAUUGCCUGGCGUUAUGUCCGGUGCACAUUGGCUUCAGCAAGGUCUUCCUGAGACUGACACAGAUGACAAAGAUUCAACUCUGGGAAGUGAUGUUGAAAGCUCGACUGCCUCAAUUUCGUCGAGCAUUCUCAACUACCGCACCAUCAACGGUCGAACCUACCAUAGUGAUUCGGUGACAGACGGAGAAUACUGGGCUCCCAAUGAUCAAAAGAUGCUUGGAGCCCUAGAGAUCUAUUAUCACUCCCUCUUUCUUAUGACGGACAAGCAGCUUUUCCAAGCCCCUCUCAAGGACAACAUUCAGCAUGCCAUUGAUAUCGGUACUGGCGAAGGAUUCUGGGCAAUCGACUUUGCCGAUAAAUUCCCCUACUGCGAUGUGGUCGGUACGGAUAUUUCGCCUAUCCAGCCCACUUGGACCCCGCCAAAUUUGCGCUUCGAGAUUGAUGAUGCGACCAAGGAAUGGACAUUCAAGAAAAACUUUUUCGACUAUAUCCACAUCUCGUUCCUCAACGGCGCUAUUGAGGACUGGGGAAACUUGUACAAAAAUGCCUAUCGGUGCUGCAAGCCUGGCGGUUGGAUUGAACACUUUGAUUGUUCUCCCAUCGUCUCGUGUGAUGACGAAACCCUUCCUCCCGAUUCUGCGUUGGCCACAUACGGAAAAAUCCUGGACGAGGCUGGAAGGCGAAUUGGUAGGAGUUUGACCAUCGCUCAUGAUGGAACCCAAGAGCCCGGUUUGAAGGAGGCGGGAUUUGUGAACCUCCAUACGAAGCAGUGGAAGCAACCCUUGUCUCCCUGGCCAAAAGACCCCAAGCAAAAGGAAAUAGGCCUCUACACCUACGCUGCUGUCACAUCGGACCUUGAGGGUGUCAUCCAAUUCCUCUUCCAUAAAGUCAUGGGCUGGUCGACGGAGGAAGUCGCGGUAUUUGCGGCGCACAUGCGUCAAGAGAUGAAGGAGCAGAAGAUCCACGGCUACUGGACCUGGAAGGUUGUGUACGGGCAAAAGCCGGAGGACGCGGAGUGAAGAAGGCAAACAAAAAAUGGUGGUGAAUGGAGUGUUCUGGGUGACUGUGUAAGAUGUUCCAGAGGACGAUAGUCCAAAGUAAAGAACGCGCUGUUAAUGAUGUGACGAUCAAAUUUAACUUUCAGUGUGUC